AACAGCGACGCUCCUGGUCUCUUCGUCGCAGCCAAGCAGAAGGGCUCCGCGAGCUCUCCUCUCUCUCCCAAUUCCACAGCCUCCUGCGCAGGAAGGCUGAAUUUCAUCUAGCCUUCUCACAACUCGCCGUCUCGGCAGGAUCUCGUCAGCUCGUCAAGAUGGUGAAGUUUACAGCAGACGAGUUGCGAAGGAUCAUGGACAAGAAACAUAAUAUUAGAAAUAUGUCCGUGAUUGCUCAUGUGGAUCACGGAAAGUCGACUCUCACCGACUCCUUGGUGGCAGCUGCCGGUAUCAUUGCCCAGGCCGACGCAGGAGAUGUGCGUCUUACUGACACCAGGGCCGAUGAGGCAGAGCGUGGUAUUACUAUUAAGUCCACCGGAAUUUCGUUGUACUACGAGAUGUCUGACCUGUCUCUGAAGGACUUCACAGGUGAGAAAGAUGGCUCUGACUAUCUCAUCAACUUGAUCGAUUCUCCCGGGCACGUCGACUUUUCUUCUGAGGUCACUGCCGCUCUGCGUAUUACCGAUGGAGCUCUUGUCGUCGUCGAUUGUGUUGAGGGCGUGUGCGUGCAAACGGAGACUGUGCUCCGACAGGCUCUUGGAGAGAGGAUUAGGCCCGUUUUGACUGUCAACAAGAUGGACCGAUGUUUCCUGGAGCUUCAGGUCGAGGGAGAGGAGGCCUACCAGACCUUCUCCCGUGUGAUUGAGAACGCUAACGUUAUUAUGGCCACCUAUGAAGACAAGCUUCUGGGAGAUGUUCAAGUUUACCCAGAGAAGGGAACAGUUGCCUUCUCAGCUGGUCUCCAUGGAUGGGCUUUCACCCUAACCAACUUUGCUAAGAUGUACGCGUCUAAGUUCGGAGUUGAUGAGAAGAAAAUGAUGGAGAGACUUUGGGGAGAGAACUUCUUUGAUCGCGCCACCAAGAAAUGGACGACCAAGAACACCGGAUCGCCCACCUGUUCUCGUGGAUUCGUGCAGUUCGUGUACAACCCCAUCAAGCAGAUCAUCAACAUCUGUAUGAACGACCAGAAGGAUAAGUUGUGGCCGAUGUUGGCCCAGUUGGGUUGCGGUCUUAAGGGAGAGGAGAAGGAAUUGAUGGGCAAGCACCUCAUGAAGAGAGUUAUGCAGACUUGGUUGCCCGCCAGUGCUGCUCUUUUGGAGAUGAUGAUCUUCCACUUGCCCUCUCCCGCCACUGCCCAGAGAUAUCGUGUUGAGAACUUGUACGAGGGUCCCCUCGAUGACAUGUACGCCAACGCUAUCAGGAACUGUGACCCAGAGGGUCCUCUCAUGUUGUACGUUUCCAAGAUGAUUCCCGCAUCCGACAAGGGUCGUUUCUUCGCCUUCGGUCGUGUGUUCGCCGGUAAGGUGUCUACUGGACUCAAGGUCAGAAUCAUGGGUCCGAACUACGUCCCUGGCCAGAAGAAGGAUUUGUACACCAAGAGUGUUCAGAGGACUGUCAUCUGGAUGGGAAGGAGGCAGGAGUCUGUUGAGGACGUUCCUUGCGGUAACACCGUCGCCCUGGUGGGUCUUGAUCAGUUCAUCACCAAGAACGCUACUUUGACUAAUGAGAAGGAAGUGGACGCCCACCCCAUUCGUGCCAUGAAGUUCUCCGUGUCACCUGUCGUGCGUGUUGCUGUUCAGUGUAAGGUGGCAUCUGAUCUCCCGAAGCUGGUUGAGGGAUUGAAGCGUCUCGCCAAGUCUGACCCUAUGGUUAUCUGUACCAUCGAGGAGUCAGGCGAGCACAUCAUCGCAGGAGCUGGUGAACUUCAUCUUGAGAUCUGUCUCAAGGAUUUGCAGGAUGACUUCAUGGGCGGAGCUGAAAUUGUUGUGUCUGACCCUGUUGUCUCAUUUAGGGAAACUGUUCUUGAGAAGUCAAACCACACAGUCAUGAGCAAGUCCCCCAACAAGCACAACCGACUGUACUUCGAGGCCAGGCCCCUCGAGGAUGGUCUCGCCGAGGCUAUUGAUGACGGCCGCAUUGGACCCAGAGACGACCCCAAGGUCAGGAGCAAGAUCCUCGCUGAGGAGUUCGGCUGGGACAAGGACUUAGCUAAGAAGAUCUGGUGUUUCGGUCCCGAUACCACCGGACCCAACAUGGUUGUGGAUAUGUGUAAGGGAGUGCAGUACUUGAAUGAAAUCAAGGACUCUGUUGUUGCUGCCUUCCAGUGGGCCACCAAGGAGGGAGUUCUCGGAGAUGAGAACAUGCGUGGUAUUGCCUUUGAGGUGUGCGAUGUUGUGUUGCAUGCUGAUGCUAUCCACAGGGGUGGUGGUCAGAUCAUCCCCACCGCCAGACGUGCCAUGUACGCUGCAAUGCUCACUGCCAAGCCCAGACUUUUGGAACCCGUCUAUUUGGUCGAGAUCCAGGCUCCCGAGCAGGCUCUUGGAGGUAUCUACGGAGUCUUGAAUCAGAAGAGAGGUCACGUGUUCGAGGAGAUCCAGAGGCCUGGAACCCCACUGUACAACAUCAAGGCAUACUUGCCUGUCAUUGAAUCUUUCGGAUUCUCCAGCACCCUUCGUGCAGCCACCUCCGGGCAGGCUUUCCCCCAGGCCGUGUUCGACCAUUGGGAAAUGAUGAGCUCUGACCCUACUGACAACAGUACCCAAUCUGGUCAAAUUGUCAGUGACAUCAGGAAACGGAAGGGUCUCAAGGAGCAGAUCACCGCCCUUUCUGAGUACGAGGACCGAUUAUAGGUUUUGGUAGUUCCCUUUUUUUUAUUUUAUUGUCAUGCAAAGACGGUAGACAGUGUUCACGCGGAUUCUACCCAGUGAAUGGGAGGCGGAACGGAUGAUCAAUAAUCAAGUACAUCUGUCAUUCUGGUUUAUCUGAAUGUCGCAAUGUCUCUCAGGCCAGGAACCUUUUACGGCCUGUACUAAAGAUUAUCCUCUCAAUGCGGUGUAGGUUGCAAUAUAUUGCAUUGCAAUCUGUUUGUCGGUGAGAUGUAGAUGAAAACCUAGAAGGGUUUAGAUGUAGAUGCCAGUUUUGUCAUUGUUCACCAACCUUUAGAUUGAGGUGAAGAACAAGUUCUCUAUUUCAGGUUAACACGAGUGGAUGAAUUCAAUCUAAGUUCGAAAUUGUCCUGUGAGAUCAAUGCGUUGUUUAGACAUGAAUGUGAGACUUAACGAAAUUUUUUUGAUGAAAUAUACUUGAUGAG